CGACCCUGUUGACAGUUGUGCAAUGUUUACGUAAAUGUGGUUUUCCACCCGGUAUCGUCCAAGAAAAGGGAUUUCGCGUACAAACUGCGCCGAUAAACGAUGAAUUCCGGCAUCCUUACCCGUCUACACCAAGGACUAGUUCCGUUAUUGACAUCGAUCAGAAAUGCUUCCAAGAAGACGGGCGGUAGCUCAAGGAAUCCUCCGAAACAUCCGCGCCCAAAGCAUCGCGGCUGGAAGGUGCAGGACGGACAUCACGUAUCCGCUGGAUCUAUAUUAGUAACGCAACGCACAACCCGAUUUCAUCCUGGACUAAACGUCGGUUUCGGAAAGAACGGCACGCUGUUUGCUAUGGAGCAUGGAAAGGUGUACGUGACCUGUGAAAAGAUUGAUCCGAACUGGGACCACACAUGGAUACAGCGUUGUUACGCUGGCCGCGAAGGGCAGACGAUCUAUAAAAAGUUCUUCAACGUAGUACCCGAACCACAGCAUCAACGGUUUAAGCUAAUCGACGAAGUGUAGUUAGUGGGAUACGUGUAACGCGAAUAAUCAGUUGAAAAUACAGUCUCCGGAAUCAGUACGGUUUCGGGGGUAAAUUCACGGCCACACCAUGUGUACACGACGGUUCGGUUGAAGCAUUUGCAUUGCAUUCAUAAUAUAUUUGGUUCGUUUAUCUGUGUUUGUUAACCGAAGCAAAAACGAUACCUGCCGCCAGUAGUCGGUUCAAGUAGUGUAAGUAGCGAGUUUUACAUUUCUUACGCGCAUUGUUAAAGAGAUGAACGGUUCACGGUUGAACCUAAUCUUCCUCUGGUCUCGCGUAAUCGCGGUUUCAAUCGUUUCGUUUAAUUUAGUAACGCUGGUAAUGCUUCUUUACGUAUUCGCACACUCCCGAUCCUUCUUAAACGUUGCUUAAAUGCGCAUGUUGCAACAAUAAAACAGCAAUAACGUUUUGGACGAAGCAGCACUGCCAGCGCGCUUCGAUAGCUUUUUCGGGCAACAUUCGGUCCCUGAAGUGCUGAGUUGGUCCGAUGGUUGUAAUCGAACUUCGAAUCGAAUCGGAGAGGUUUAUUGCUGGGCUACACAGUGAUCGUAGAAGAAUAAAUAUAAAUAUAUCUAGAGCAAUGA